AUGCGGUUACGAGCCAUGCUGCGAAGUGUAAUCAUACGUGACACCUGUGUUCAAAGAUCCCUGUGCCUGUUAUCGGGUGUGAUUUGCAUCCGUAGCUGUAAGUUAUUGGGUCGGAUCCCGGAACCACUGGCUAAUUUCAUAGUUUUGGAACGGUUUUCGUGUCAAAUAGUGGCCUCUAAAGUUACUCCACAGGGUUCCGUUAAACUUGGCAACAACAACAACAGCAACGACGAAACACUGCUAAAACCAGCGACCAGUUUGGAGAUUCUGAAGGCCCGAAGACCAACGAAUUAUUCAAAAUCUGAGUCUUCAGUUGGAUCCUACUUGCAACUGGAUAGUAGUCAGACACGAGUAGAACUUAAGUCCAUAGGAGAACAAAUCUGA